GCCUGGGACCAGCACCGGCUUCCCUCUGGACUGGUGCCCGAGAGCUACACCGUGACGCUGUGGCCUCGGCUGGAGCGCGACGCCGACUACAUCUUCACGGGCAACUCCACGGUGCGCUUCAAGGCCCUGCAAGACACCAACCUCAUCCUGCUGCACUGCAGGAAGCUGGAGCUCACCACCAUGGGCGAGCACAUGGCCAGGCUGACUGCCGUCAGUGGCACUGCCCCCCUCAUCCGCAAGACCUGGCUGCACGAGCCCAUGCAGUACCUGGUGGUGCAGCUGAAUGGGGCCCUGAGGGCGGGCCAGGACUAUGACCUCUACACUGAGUUCCAGGGGCAGCUCCUCGACGACCUGGAAGGACUCUACAGGAGUGAGUACUAUGAGGAUGGGGUCAAAAAAGUGGUUGCCACAAGUCAGAUGCACCCAACACAUGCCAGGAAAACCUUCCCGUGCUUUGAUGAGCCUGCCAUAAAAGCCAUCAUCAACCUCACAGUCCUUCACAAACGGGGCACAGUGGCCCUCUCCAAUGGCAAAGAGCUUGCCACUGAGGACAUUUUGGUUGACGGUCACACUGUCACCAGAACCACCUUUGAACCAACUCCGAAAAUGUCCACAUAUUUGCUGGCGCUGGUGGUUAGCGACUAUCACUAUGUGACCCAAAAUGGCACCACUGAGAUAAGGAUCUGGGCUCGUAAGAGCGCCAUUUUUGCAGGUCAUGGGGAUUAUGCUUUGGAAGUGACGGGGCCUGUUCUCAAGUUUUUCGAGAAGUACUAUGACAUUCCAUACCCUCUGUCCAAAUCAGACCAGAUUGCACUUCCUGAUUUCUACUUUGGGGCGAUGGAGAACUGGGGCCUCGUGACCUACAGGGAGGCCAAUCUCCUCUAUGAUCCGGAUGUGUCAUCCAAUAGGAACAAAGAGACCACCGCUACAAUCAUUGCACAUGAACUGGCACACAUGUGGUUUGGAAACCUGGUCACUCUGAAAUGGUGGAAUGAGGUUUGGUUAAAUGAGGGCUUUGCUACGUAUGUCUCUUACCUUGGAGCCCACGAUGCCGAACCCAAUUGGAAUGUGAAAGACUUGAUAGUGCUGGAUGAGAUGCACAGGGUGUUCGCAGUAGACGCCCUCGCCUCCUCAAGACCCUUAUCCUUUGACGAAGAUGACGUCUAUAAACCUGAGCAGAUCACUGAGCUCUUUGACGUCAUCUCCUACAGUAAGGGUGCUUCUAUUUUGCGGAUGCUGUCUGACUUCCUCACUGAACCAGUGUUCCUUCAGGGACUCAAAACAUAUCUGAAUGCCUUUGAAUACAGUAAUACAGAAAGUAGAGAUCUUUGGGAUCAUCUAGAAGCGGCAGUUAAAACGACUGAGACGAGUUUGCCAACCAGAGUUCAUGACAUUAUGUACCGCUGGGUCCUGCAGAUGGGCUUCCCUGUGGUAUCCAUAGAUACGGCCACUGGAACUGUAUCCCAGCAACACUUCCUGCUUGACCCCAAUGCUGUGCCAGAAAGGCCAUCACAUUUUAACUAUCAGUGGAUCAUCCCAAUAAGAUGGAAGAAGUCUGGAGGUAGCAGCACGCUAUCUUGGCUACUGGAGAAGCAUGUUGUCGAUAGUGUGAUGAAGACCUCAGGGGAAGAGUGGUUACUGGCCAACAUUAAUGUGACUGGUUACUACCGAGUUAACUAUGAUGCUGCAAACUGGGAUAGGCUCCUGGUCCAACUCAAGGAUGACCAUCAGGUAAUUCCUGUCAUAAACAGAGCGCAGCUUGUUGAUGAUGCUUUCAAUCUUGCAAGGGCUAAAUUGAUCCCCAUGAGUUUAGCUCUGAACACAACAACAUACCUAACACAAGAAAGAGACUACAUGCCCUGGGAAUCAACUCUAAACAACCUGGACUACAUAAUUCUAAUGUUUGAAGGGACACGUACCUAUGACAUAAUGCAGAGGUACCUCAAACAACAAGUGGAACCAUUGUAUGCAUAUUUCAAGAAAAUCACAGCAGACUGGUCCAAAGUGCCCGAUGGCCACACUGAACAGUACAACCAGGUGAAUGCUCUGGAGGUGGCCUGUAGCACUGGGGUAGACGACUGCCAGAACGUCACAUCAGGCUGGUACAGUCAGUGGAUGGCACAGCCUAACAACAACACGAUCCACCCGAAUCUAAGGGCUACGGUCUACUGUAGUGCCAUCCGCAGUGGAGGGGUGAAGGAGUGGGACUUUGGCUGGACAAUGUUUAAGAGUGCUACCAUCGCCAUAGAGGCCAACAAACUCAUGGCUGCACUGGCUUGCACACAUAACACCACUCUCUUAAAACGGUAUCUAAACUACACGCUCCAGCCUGAUGAAAUCCGAAAACAAGAUGCAACUACCGUGAUUGUAUCUGUUGCGGGUAAUGUGAACGGGCAGGAUGAGGCGUGGAAUUUUGUGAAAGAAAACUGGGGAUACAUGUUCACUGAGUAUGGAGUUGGUUCUUUCUCAUUUGGAAACCUCAUAAGCGGUGUGACUGCAAGUUUCUCAACACAGGAAGACUUGAAUGAGCUUGUGGAGUUUCAGGAGCGUUAUGCAGACAUUGGGUUUGGGUCUGGCACCCCAGCCCUGAUGCAGGCUUUUGAGAGGACCCAGGCCAACAUCAAAUGGGUGGCUGAAAACCAGGGGGAGAUUGAAGAGUGGCUCAUCCAGCACACGUCAUGAACACUUCCUCUACUAGCAUCUAUCAUUCCUUUCAUGGAAACCAUCCAUCCAUCCAUCCAUCCAUCCAUCCAUCCAUCCAUCCAUCCAUCCAUCCAUCCAUCCAUCCAAUUGUAGCCUAUGUGCCAACUAGCAAGUGAGCUAACAACACGUCUGUGAUAGCAACACAUGCAUCUUAGAGGGUUGUAUCUCCCCUCAUAAAACUUGGUUGUGUGGAUUAGUGAAUAACUCAAGCCAAUUCAACUUACAGUAGUAUAUAAAAAGGCUCAGAAAAAAACAUGGUAAAAGGCAUGUUUGCUUGGUGAGGUUUCAACCUGAACGUUGUGAUCAGAUGAGACCUAAUUUUUUAUCUAGGUUAUUUCUUAUUUGCCUACGAGUGCGAGUAUAAACUGCCUCCACCACACCCACCCGCAUUUGCUUCUCCUCUCACGUGUUUAUUAGUAAGAAACCCCCAGCGGUGUUAAUACCCUGAAGUCUCUUCCACUUCUCACCCGCUCUUCAAUUAGCGCCUCACUGCAAGUAUCAUUACACUAGUACAGUGUUUCUCAAAGUGGGGCGGAAGCCCCCCCAGGGGGGCGCGGAGGUA